GGAUUUUAAUUAUAGUAUUUGUAUUGUCUUACGUCUCUCAAUUGAUCCCCAUGUGAAGCAUGACCUCUUCUGCCAUAAUUCCGCACGGACCAAUCACGACAUUGCAACGACAACAGCAAAAUACAAACUAUACUGUUAGUAUUCUCCUUAAGUUUGGGGGCAGUCUCUAUUAUUGAAAUCGAAGCUACUUGGACCCUCGGUUACUCCAAUUCUCACUCAAUGGAUCUUACCCGAGCUUUUAUGAGCGAUGUCAAGCGUCUAAUUGUCAAGGUGGGAACAGCCGUGGUGACUCGACAUGAUGGGAGAUUAGCAGUGGGUAGGCUUGGAGCUUUAUGUGAACAGCUUAAGGAACUAAACUCUCAAGGAUAUGAGAUUGUUUUAGUUACUUCAGGUGCUGUUGGUCUCGGUCGUCAAAGGCUUAGAUACAGGAAAUUGGUUAAUAGCAGCUUGGCUGACCUUCAAAACCCACAAGUUGAGCUUGAUGGCAAGGGUUGUGCUGCUGUUGGCCAGAAUAGUUUAAUGGCUCUUUAUGACACUUUGUUUAGCCAGCUUGAUGUUACUUCUUCGCAACAUCUUGUAACGGAUACUGAUUUUAUGAAUGAUAGCUUCAGAACGCAACUCUCUGAAACAGUGAAAUCGUUAUUAGCUUUGAAAGUUAUUCCUGUUUUCAAUGAGAAUGAUGCAGUCAGCACUCGAAGACAACCUUACGAGGAUUCUUCUGGUAUAUUCUGGGAUAAUGACAGUUUGGCUGGUCUCUUAGCUAUGGAAAUAAAGGCUGAUCUCCUUGUUUUGUUGAGUGAUGUGGAGGGUCUCUACAGCGGACCACCAAGUGAUCCGGGCUCAAAGCUGAUCCAUACAUAUGUACAAGAAAAACAUCAAGCAGAAAUAACAUUCGGUGACAAGUCCAGGUUAGGUAGAGGGGGUAUGACUGCAAAGGUUGAUGCAUCUGUUUGUGCCGCUUCUUCUGGCAUCCCUGUUGUUAUUACUAGUGGCUAUGCCACUGACAACAUCAUAAAGGUACUUCAAGGGAAGUCUGUCGGUACCCUAUUUCAUAAAGAUGCACACCUAUGGACUUCAGUUAAAGAAGUUGGUGCACGUGAAAUGGCAGUUGCAGCACGGGAAUGUUCUAGACAGCUACAGACAAUGAGAUCUGAAGAUAGAAGGAAACUUUUGCUGAACAUAGCUGAUGCCCUAGAGGCAAAUGAAAGUUCGAUUCUGGCUGAGAAUGCAGCUGAUGUUGCUGCUGCCGAGGAUGAGGGAUAUGAGAAGGCACUAAUAUCUCGUUUGGCCCUAAAGCCUGGGAAGAUUGCUGCUCUUGCGAAAUCUAUUUGUGUUAUUGCUGACAUGGAAGAGCCUAUUGAUCGUAUUUUAAAGAAAACAGAGCUUGCAGAUGGACUCAUCUUGGAGAAAACAUCUUGUCCCCUGGGUGUCCUGCUGAUUAUAUUUGAGUCAAGACCUGAUGCCCUUGUUCAGAUAGCUUCACUAGCCCUUCGAACUGGGAACAGUUUACUUCUUAAAGGUGGCAAAGAAGCCAGGCGGUCGAAUGCAAUCUUGCACAAGAUCAUUACUUCGGUCAUCCCAGAGAGCAUUGGAGACAAACUUAUAGGACUUGUUCCUUCAAAAGAGGAUAUUCUUGAUUUGCUUAAGCUUGACGAUGUGAUAGACCUUGUGAUCCCCAGAGGCAGCAAUAGUCUUGUUUCUGAAAUUAAGAGUUUGACGAAAAUUCCUGUUCUUGGUCAUGCUGAUGGAGUUUGUCAUGUUUAUGUUGACAAGUCAGCUAAUGCGGACAUGGCCAAAAAAAUUGUUCUGGAUGCAAAGAUAGAUUACCCAGCAGCAUGUAACACUAUGGGAACUCUUCUAGUACACCAUGAUUUGUCAAGUUCUGGUUUGCUCCAUGAACUUCUUGUAGAACUCCGACGUGAAGGUGUUACCCUUUAUGGUGGUCCAAGAGCAAGUUCCUUGUUAAAACUUCCCAAGGCUCAAUCAUUACAUCAUGAGUACAGUUCACUGGCUUGCACAGUUGAAUUUGUGUAUGAUGUGGAGGCUGCUAUUGACCACAUACACCAGCAUGGAAGUUCUCACACCGACGCCAUUGUCACCGAAGAUCUUGAAGUUGCUGAAACGUUUUUGCACAGAGUAGACAGCGCUGCCGUAUUUCAUAAUGCAAGCAUACGGUUUUGUGAUGGAGCACGAUUCGGACUUGGUGCUGAGGUUGGAGUAAGUACAAGCAGGAUUCAUGCCCGAGGUCCGGUUGGAGUUGAAGGAUUGUUAACAACUCGAUGGAUUUUGAGAGGGAGUGGGCAGGUGGUGAAUGGUGACAAAGGGAUUGUGUACAGCCACAAGGAUCUUCCCCUGCAAACAUAAAUAUAAUCUGUUCCAACCUUGAGAGAUGAAAGGAAAUGUUUUUGUUUCUUUUCCUUUAUUCUCUCCGUUAGCUGCUAUAUCUUGUAACAUAGAACUCUGCAGAACUGCUCGUAUGUCUGUGCAUUUUGUUCCCG